AAACUUCUGAUUUAAGUGAAAAUAUAUUUAGCAAACCUGCCAGAGGCAUGAAUCAUUGUGGUACUGAAUAUCUUUAUGUGAACGUGUUUGGAUGUAAAACAUGCAGCUAUAUGUUUUGUGAUCACACUGAGACAAAAAGACUAAGGGUUUGUCCUAAUAAUUUUUUUUUAUCAAACCAGUGCUUUUAAAAAGCACAUGUAGGCAAAAUGUGGAAGAUUUAGCUUUUUAAAUUGGUAUUGGUGCUCAUUAUCUGGACCCCUUAUAUCAGAGAAUUUAGGGAUUUUCCCACUAUGCUAAAAAAAAUUAUCAAACUAAACAAUCAGUUGAGAAAAUAAUUAAACAACCAUAGCUAAACUAGAUGCUUAAAAUGACUCGUAGACCAGUUCUUCUUUGAGUCUGCUUUCUGUUCUCUCAAGCCCCAGUCUGUUGUUCCUGUGAGUCGUUCCUUUCCACUUUCACCACAUGCUUUCUCAGUUAAGAGACUCCUGCAAAGUAUACCUAUCAAAUGCAAUCAUCUGUCCUCGGUUGCCAUAUUCUUGCAAGGGAGGAGAAACAAAGUCAUUAAUCUGUAUUCUAUUGGCUGGGCUUCCUUACCAAGAUAACUUUUUCCAAUUGUACUGUAUUAUAUUUACAAUAGAACUGGACUGUGGUUGAAUGCAAAUGUCUAUAUUGAAUGUACUGGCAUCAACUGGGAUGAUUUUAUUAUAAAUUGCUAUAGCUAUAACUGAAUACAAAAUUAAUCUGUCUUGCACUGCAUAAAUUAAAUCGAACUGAACUAGGAAAAUAAGGCUAAUUAUAACAGUCAAACUACAUAAGUCCCCAUUUAAAAAAUGUUGUGAUCUGGGGCCCAGGGGCCCUGGUGACAUGGAACCGCCUUGUGUUUGAACAUGAGCUAAAGCGUCUCUGCCAUCGCGUGUUUAUGAUAGAACAACAGCCGUUGUAUUAGCAGCUUAUCAGCAUUAGCGCCUGCUGCUCGCUCUGCCCCCCCUCCGGGGUGGGUGUGCGUCGUCGACGCUGUUACUGUCUCUUUAAAUUUACCCAGGAGCCCCUUAAGGAGCCCCAGGGGCCCCUAGUCCGGCUCCCCACCCAGAAGACAAGCAAGAACCUUAAAAUACAUUACUGGAGGCCUAAGCUGAGACGAGUCUUGCUUGAACACUACAAAGUGUUUUCGCCGGCGGAUUGAGUGAUUCUAUGAAAAGUUAACUUGGCUCCCGUGCGGGGCGCGUGGGAGAAACCCUGGAGAACACGGGCUCCAGAACGAUGAGCGCCAGCCAGAUGCGUGUCGAACGGUGCCGCGCGGCGGAACAUGUUCCUGCUGUGACAUGUUGUUCAUGUGAGAGUGACAUGUCCCGCUCCGCCGCUUCAACCCGCUGAGGAGGGAGGUAGUACACGAGCUACAACUACAUCAACAGCCAGGCCAGUGAUGGAAGAGAAAGAGACGAGGGAGAGCGAGCCAGUGGACCUCCGCUCUUCCGAACAGUCUGAGUUGCUCUCAUUAAUAAUAAGCGGAGAGGAGGAAACGACGCAGGAGGGGAGCGACUUGGGAGAAGACAAUCUUGCCAAUGGCCAUGGUGGAGAGGACUCUGAGACAGGUAUGGUCACACCUGUGAGAUCACCUGCCACCAGCUACUGGAGCAUCACAGAGGGACCCGACCACCCACUCCUCCUCUCUCCAGCGCCCGGGCCUUCAGGACGCAAACCCAGGGUCCAGAGAGCGUCACGUCCAGGCCUGAGCAGGAUUCCUGGCCGCGAUCACCGCCGCUACUACCACGAAUACUGGCGCAGCGAGUAUUUGAUGGACUUUGACCCCCAAAGGCACGGAAUGAUCUGCAUGGUGUGUGGCAGCACGCUCGCCACCCUGAAGCUCAGUACCAUCAAGAGACACAUCAGGCAGAAGCACCCGGACUCUCUCCUGUGGAGUGCUGCAGACAAGGAGGUGAUCCGCUCUGGAUGGGAGAGCCAUCUGAGUCUGGGGGCAGGUCAGAGGUCUGCUGCUGGACCCUCGCUCCAAGGAGAAGAGGAUUCUAUGCACUUUGGUCAGCAUAUAGGUGAAACUCCAGAUCCAGUUCCACUGCAGGAGCACCAACAGCAGCACCCCGCUUUGACUCCACGGACCGUAGAGGACGAGAACCUCCAACCCCAAGCGGAGGAGCACGAGCUCCCCGGCCCGUCGGCGCGGACCUUGGAGCGCUACCUGAAUGACUCUCUGCACGCUUGGUUCCGCCAGGAGUUCCUGAUGGAGUAUGAGGCUGAGGCCGGCCGCCUGCUCUGCAUGGUGUGUGGAGCAGUACUCCCCUCGCUCCACUUGGAUCACAUAAAGAGCCACGUGCUGGAAACCCACCCCAACUCGCUGGUGUACAGCUCAGAAGAGAAGCACUGCAUCCUACAGGCCUGGGCCCAGACCCACGGUGAACCAGACUCAGUCAAGUCAGAACCUACACCCAACACCAAAGUAAAGGGGGCGGACAUUUUCACAGAAGACCUUAAGACGGUUCCAAUCAACGCUGACAUGUUCCCAGAGGGUGACAGCACUUUAACUCAGGACAUUCGUUUGAUCGGUGAGGAUGGAGGGGUCGGGGCCCCACACCUGCCAUCCCAGCCUCUCCGGCAGUCCAGGAAGAGGCGAUUGAGAGGGGGUGACCCCUGGCGACUCCGCCUCGACUAUCUAGUAGCCUAUGGGCCCCAAGAUCAGGGCACUUUUUGCAUGGUGUGUUCUCAGGUCUUGCAUGAAAGCAAGGUGAGCAGCUUCCGGCGCCACAUUCAGGAAUGCCACCCUGAGACCACAACGCUGAGCCGACAAGAAAGAGAAGCAAUGGCUGCUGCCUGGACCAAAGACUCGUCUGCUGAUGGAAUGCAAAUACCAGAUGAACUGAACCCCAGUGAAGCUGUUGUCUUCAGUACUACCAAAGGCAGAAAUGAGGAUUCCACCUCUGAUGUCUGCGCUCCCCUCAACGCGGUGAACAGCAACGACAGUGCUGUUCACGGAGGGAGGAGCAGAUCCAAGGACUGUGGCGUUGCUGCCCCGGUCCCUCGCCACGGCCAUUACCCCGGGAAGGACCAGAGGAGGAACUACCAGGUGCGCUGGCGAAUGGAAUACCUGAUGGAUUAUGACUGUAGGAGACACGGCCUGGUCUGCAUGGUGUGUGGAGCCACUCUGGCGACGCUGAAGGUCAGUACCAUCAAGCGGCACAUCCAGCAGGUUCAUCCUCACUCCCUGCUGUAUGGCGCUGAGGAGAAGGAGCAAGCCUUGCUGAGCUACAGCCAGACUGCCCUGCACUUCGUCCACUCUGAUGACUGCUUCUCCUCCCAGGACCACGGACUCACGCAGGGCGCUGCCUCUCCUGCACAGCUUGGCACUUAGAAAGGGCUUCUGUCUGUUUUCUCUCCUGGCUUCUGUUCAGAAGCAGCCCUUACUUUUCUGUCCCUAAACCAUAAAAAUGGAUGACUCUUCAAUUCACCUCUAGUGUGAAAUCAGAGCACGAUUGUGUUAUAGCAAGAAAGAGUGUAAGAUUCAAGUUUACAAAAGUGGGAUAACCUCUUUAAAACCCCCUUCAAUUUGCUUCUUAGUUUCUACUAGGAGGCUGAAAAUGAAGUGAUGUCAAAAUGUCAAAGCUUCAUGAACAUUUCAAAGUCCAGUGACUCAUUAAGAAGGAACAAUGACACUUUAUUUAGAUUUCCUUUUUGGAAGUUACUGAUGUCUUUGCACAAAAUGAACCAAAUCCUGGCCAACAGAGUGGAUUAUGUGCUACAACAGAUAACACAUGAAAGCUAUUAUUAAGCCAUGUGAGUCUGCCUUUUCCAUAUGAUGGAAUCCAUAAAUCAGUGCUGAGAACAGCAUAAGAAUGCAAAGCCAUAUUUCAUAAGGAGUGAAGCUGAAUUGGACUGAAGCAGAGCCUCAGGCAGAGGCUUUAUGAUGACAGGUUGAGAGUUUCUACUUGGAUGAUUUCACUCAGCAGGUUAGAUCGCUGAGGGGCAAAAAGAUUGUUGACAGGACUCAAACAUCUUUACAUUUAGACGAGACCUGCAGCCAGGACCAUGUUGAGCUGAUUAGAUCUCUUGUUUUUAUAUUUUGCAACCUUGAUCCACAGGACUGGUAGCAUCAUGAUUAAUGUCCAACUGUUAGUGUCAUGAACUGAAUUGAGCUGGUGCUUUAAGUUGUCCUGAGCAUUUAGAGAAUAAUCCCUCAGGUCCAAUACACAUUACUGCCUGUCAACCUGCUUUGUUCCUACAUUUCUCUUUAAUUAGCUACAAAAAGAGCAAAAUAGUGUUUUUGUUGCAGGUUUCCUGUACCAGAGGAGACAUUUUCACACAGAUCCUUUGCCAAGUUGUUAACAUAUAUGUGGCCACAUCACUGGCUCAUCUGCUGGGUGUAGGAGCUGCUUUUUUUAUUGCUGCAAUGAAUUAUACCGGAAUCAGUAGUUGGUGACAUUGUGAUGACAACAAAGGCUAAACUAAGAAGCAAUAUAAACAGUAAACAUUAACAUAACAAAACUAAUCAGCUACAUGUCUGUCAAAUGGACGCUAAAUAUAUUUGAAAGUGUUCUCAUUGACUUCGAUUAUAAAAUAGUUGAAAAAGAAAUAUGGACAUUUUCUAGUAUUAAAACUAUGUUUGAGUGAUUUUUUUUUUCUCAGCGAUAAUUUUUCACUACAAAAUUAUCGAACAUUUCAGUGAAAUUAAAGCAAAGCUAAAGAAGUGUCUCUUUCUCCAUCAUGGCUUUUCUCUGUCACUGCUACAUCCGCUCACUUUAUUAGAUUUUGCUGCAUUUAAUUCACAUUUUGCCAGACAAAUAUUCAGUGUGCACUGUUGCAUCAAGCUUCAUAGAAACCAUUUUGGUUUCUAGCAAAUGGAAAAUAUACUGAGGUGACUAGCUUCUGUCUCAGUGUCAGCUUUAAGGAUUCUGGCAGCUGGAAUUGAACUGUUGUUAAUGAGACAAACUUACAAAUGAGUCUCUGGGCUUAAAAGGUUUUAGGGACACCAUUGAAUAUUUAUUUGUUCAUAUUUGGGGCUUGUUUCUGGUCAGGGCCCAAGUCUUUUUUCUCAGGAAGUUAGAAACCGAGUGACAGAUGAACACAACGCAGCACUUUGUCCCAGAAGCUCUACUAAACUCCACCCCUAUCUGUGUGCAGCCAGUAAAAUGUUUGACGUUUUUGCUGAUGACAAUGAAUGGAGCGUGCAGCGAGCGACUGCAGACUGCUUAGUCCUUGUUUACAAGUGCAGGUGAAGGAUGCCCUCCUCAGUCGUCCGUUUUAAUCUCAGUCUAGGUAAUACAGCACCAUGCAUCCUUCCCAUCAGCCAAAUCAUCCUACCUUAACACUGCACAAAAAUGUGUAAAUAUCUGAAAAUGAGUUGUAUUUUUCCUUUGUAUGAGCACUUUUUUGCAUCCUGGUUUUUACAAAAUAUGUUUGUAACUCAGUCCAGUUUUUCUACUUUAUUCAAAAUUGAGCGAUGAAGGCAUGUUUUAACGCUGGAGAAAUGCUUGUUAAAUUUAUGAAUUCACUUUGCAGACUUUGCUCCAGCUUCAUUGUGUUUUUUCCCCCCCCAUUCAGUGUACAAAGUUUAUGCAACACGUAAAAUAAUUCUGUCAUAGAAUGUCACUUCUUCUUUUUCUUCUUCUCUUGGAAAACAUAUCUCAGGGAUUCUGUUUGCAUUAACACUUUAAUCAGUGAUUGUUUUUCGUUUUGUUUUCUUCUAGGCUGUCUCUGUUCGACACUUCUGCAUUUACAUGUUGGCUUCAGUUGUGUCACUGUCAAACAUAAAUACCACAGUGAAUUAAAAGCUACAUUUUAAAAUAACUCGAGCCUAAAAUUCUGACUAAAAAAUACAGAUUUCUGGAGAAUAAAUCAAAACUUAUGAUGUCAAAAGAAAACCUCAUUUGAUGAGUAAAUUUUAGUGACGCAAUGAUGUGAAAAUUUGGGCCGAUGUUGAUAUCUACACAUUUCCCAACUAUUUCCACAAUGUGAAGAAACAAUCAUAUAAUGCUGACAUUAUGUCUCUGCUUCAGUUGUCGCUGCAUCACUAUCACUGUCACAUGACCAGACAAACCGCCUGCUUCAAACACAUUCACAUGCAGCAGUAAGGGAGUAAAGCAGAUUCCAAUAUGUUGAAAAUUGACUAACAUUGGCCGAUACUGAUACUGAUAUUUCUCAUAUAUCAAACCAUCCUACCUUAACAAUAUCAGGGUCAAAACAAUGACAAGCUAAAAGGCACAAUGCUUUAAAUAUGACCUUAUGCAGUCUGAACUGUAUCUCAGCCUUCGUCAUGUGAUGGUGGGUUCAUGACUCUGUGGUAUUUAUGUGGGACUGACUUUCAUAAACAGUUGAAAUGUCUUUAAUGAAGGAUAAAAUCUUUAAUCCAAAGCUAACGUAAAGUGACACGGCAGAACAGGCUCCAUCUUUAUGGCUCCUCGUCUCUGACAUAAGCACUUAAUUCAUGAGAUGAUGAAGUGAGACAUGAUGCGUUGCUUGUGUGUGUGUGUGUGUGUGUGUGUGUGUGAAAAGUGAUUGCUCUGCCCCUUUCCAACAGGUCAAUGUGUGAAAUGUGCAUCCUGUCAUCAGUGAAUAAAACUCAUUGAUCCUCUAA